UUUUAGUGAGAAAGAGAUUGUGGAAAAAAUGGGACUGCCUCAAAACAAGCUCAAGUCUUUCUGUCUCUUACUCUUUUCUCUUCUCACUCUUUCUCCAUUAGCUUUCUCGGAGAUUUUCUUAGAGGAGCAUUUCGAAGGUGGAUGGAAAAGCAGAUGGGUCUUAUCUGAUUGGAAGAGAAACGAAGGCAAAGCUGGUACCUUUAAGCACACCGCCGGUAAAUGGCCCGGCGAUCCUGACAAUAAAGGUAUUCAGACAUAUAAUGAUGCCAAGCAUUAUGCGAUAUCUGCAAAGAUUCCAGAGUUUAGCAACAAAAAAUAGAACUCUUGUUGUACAGUACUCUGUAAAAAUCGAACAAGACAUAGAAUGUGGUGGCGCUUACAUCAAGCUCCUCUCUGGCUACGUUAACCAGAAGCAAUUUGGUGGCGAUACUCCUUACAGUCUAAUGUUUGGACCAGAUAUAUGCGGCACACAGACGAAGAAGCUUCAUGUUAUUCUUUCAUAUCAGGGACAGAACUAUCCAAUUAAAAAGGAUUUGGAAUGUGAAACAGACAAAUUAAAUCAUUUCUACACAUUUAUUCUACGGCCUGAUGCUUCUUACAGCGUUCUGAUUGAUAAUAAAGAAAGGGAGUUUGGCAGUAUGUACACUGACUGGGACAUCCUUCCUCCCAAGAAGAUAAAGGUUAAGAAUGCAAAGAAGCCUGUAGAUUGGGAUGAUAGAGAGUAUAUUGAUGACCCUGAGGAUGUCAAACCUGAGGGUUUUGAUUCGAUUCCUCGUGAAAUCCCAGACCAAAAAGCUAAAGAGCCUGAGGAUUGGGAUGAGGAAGAAAACGGUCACUGGGAACCUCCAAUGAUCCCAAAUCCAGCUUACAAAGGUUCUUGGAAAGCAAAGAAAAUUAAGAACCCAAACUACAAGGGAAAAUGGAAGAACCCAUGGAUAGAUAAUCCAGAGUUUGAAGAUGAUCCAGAUCUUUAUGUUCUGAAGCCUAUAAGAUAUGCAGGCAUUGAAGUUUGGCAGGUGAAGGCUGGUUCAAUAUUUGACAAUAUUUUGAUCAGUGAUGACCCGGAAUAUGCAAGGAACAUGGUGGAUGACUAUUUUGCUCAGCACAGAGAGUCUGAGAAGGAGUUAUUUGCGGAAGCUGAGAAAGAAAGAAAAGCAAGAGAAGAUGAGGAAGCUCGGAUAGCACGAGAAGAAGGGGAACGUAGACGAAAGGAGAGGGGUGACCGGUAUGGACACAGAGACAGGAGGCAUCGUUACAAACGCCACCACCGACGUGAUUACAUGGACGAUUACCAUGAUGAGCUAUAAGGCGCAGUGGUGAGAAUUUGGCAAUGACAACCAAUAAAAGCAAGUUCAUGGAAGUCAGCAUUAGUAAACUAUUUGGUUGGUCUUUGUAGUUUGUAUGAUAGUAAUAUGUAUCAUUUCCUCUUGUUAUUCUUUUGGGGUAAAAACUGUAACCGUUGGAAUUUAUAUAUUCACAAUGUAUUUUGCAGUCAGAUGCGUUGGAUAUUGAUAAACAU